AUAAAUAAACAGAUUAAUGACCACAUAACUUAGUCAACUGGCAGUACAUUGCCUUUAUUUCUAAUAAUUGUAAUAGCAGUUUUGCUGUUAUUGUGUUGCCAUUUUCUUAACUAUAAUACGUUAUUUUUAACAUAGUUGAUGUAGGCUUAUAGCAGGCACACGUUUUCAAACGACAUAGGUAUUUUGAGUGCACAUGUCAAUUAAGUAAUUGGGCGAAAGUGAGUGAGAGAGAGGGAGAGGAGGGCGCUGAGCCCGACAGUGGGCUCCAGACAGACUUAGUGGCUGCAGAUGAAGUUUUCUCUCACACUGCACCGUGGGACUUUUAGGAAUUCCUAUUAACCAACCAGAUUCUACAUCUCCUGACUGACAUGCGAUGUCCCGUGCAUCCUUACAAAACAUGCACUUGCAGUGGGUGAUUUUGUUUUAUUUUGUUUCUCUACCGGAGACUGGCUGUAAAUCAGCCGAUGCAGGCAGCUGUCAUGAGGUGAAGACAGCCUACAUGAUGCGCCAAAUAGGCCCGGUGGAGCUGGUGCCAGACAGGCCGGGAACAGAUGAGUCUCUGCGAGUGUGUGUCUACCCUGGGCCCAGCUGCUGUACCAGUAAGAUGGAGGACAGCUACAUGGCGGCUGUUCGCAGUGAGACGCAGCAGAAGAUGCGAUCCUACAGCUUUGAACUUAAGUACCUGAUCGCUGGACACACCAAGGCCUACCAAGACACCUUUGAGUCCCUCGUGUCCUUCACAUCUAACCUGACCAGCACUCUGUUCGACAGCGCCUACUCUGCUCUGGCGUCCGACUGUCGCCCCCUUGUGUUUCAGCUGUUCAGCGACAUCAAACGGCACCUUUCCGGAGACUCCAAGUCCACUUUGGACAACACUGUGCGUCGGUUCUACAAUGAUCUUUUCCCAUUGGUCUACCGCCGCCUGCUCAACCCUGGGAUCGGCCACAUGACACCCAAGUCCUAUUUCCCAUCCUCCACAAAUCACGACGACUGCUUGCGGAUGACGCGGCAGGAUGUCAGCCCUUUCGGACCCCAUCCUCACCUCCUGGUCAGCAGCUUGUCCCGUGCACUCGGGGUGGGCCGAGCACUGAGCCGACUGCUGGUACUGGCUGGAGAGGUUGUAAACGCGACCGAGAAGGCAACGUUAUCCAGAGAGUGUGGGCGAAGCUUAGUGAAGAUGCAGUACUGUUCCCACUGCAGAGGGAUGACACUGAUACGGCCCUGUACCGGACUGUGUGUCAACAUUAUGAGAGGAUGUCUGGUGGGUGUAUCAGAGCUUGGUGCCCCCUGGGGGAGUUUGGUGGUGUUGCUUCAACGGUUAGCUGCUACCUUAGCAACCAGCAGCAACCACAACAGCAUGGAGUUAGCUCUGUUAGCAGUCCGAAAUCAUGUGAAUGAUGCUAUACUGCACGCACAGCUGCACGGGCCCCGCGUUACAGCCACAGUAGAGAAGGUGUGUGGACCCCAGGCAGCUGGUCCCAUGAUGCCAAGUGCAAAUCCCACCACCUCGCAUGUUAAAACCUCUGAGAGCCCUUCUACAUCAGUAACCUCAGGGAGGUUUAAUGUGACAUUGCCUCCCUCAGUGGGCCCGCCUGCUCACCAGCGUCUGCAGCCGCAAUCCCGCAGGUCAUUCCUACUUAAAGGCUCCAGAGGAGACAAGAGUCGCAGCCUGAAAAAAUUGUCAAGGGAGUUUGAGGGCUCUAUCCAGCGGUACCAGGGGUUUUUCUCCGAGCUGCCAGAGAUGCUAUGUGAAAGUGAGAUGGAGGUUGAGCAGCACACAUGCUGGAGUGGCCAAGAACUCGUAGAAAGUUAUGCAGGUCUUGUGGUUGGCAGCAGUUUAAAAGCCCAGAAGGAGAACCCAGAGAUGACCGUCCGUAAUACAGAUCCUGUGCUGAAGGGGGCGAAACAGAGGCUGGAGCAGCUAACACAGGAGGUAUUAGUGGACCUCGGCUGGGUGAGCAAAACCAGAGGAAAGGUGGAAGAAGAGGAGGAGGGAGGGAGUGCACAGACAGAGAGAGGAAGCGGAGAUGACUGCGAUGAUGAAGAUGGCUGUGAAGCUUCUGGUGUGGAGAAUGACGAUGAGACAGGUGAUACAUCCAGCGGUCGUAGUCCAGUGACAAAGGACAUUGCUCGUCCUCCUCGUCGCUUUGUCCCUCCUCAUCACCUCUCACCUCCACAGGUGGCAGUUCAAGGCUCAGCCCACACGCUUUCUGUUGAACCUUUGGUCCUGGCGUCCAUGCUGCUCCUACUGCUGUCACCGUGGGAACACCGCUGAUCACAGAGAGAGACGCUGUGACAGGGACAAAAAGACUGAGAGACAACCACAAAUGUUUUGUGGUGAAAUUGAGUAUUUGACGUUUUUGUAAGCGCAGGUCAAACCACUCUGAUUGUUUAUGUUUCGGGUGGGAUAAUCUGUGGGUUCAUCACAGUUGCAGGUGCACAGUAUGCAUUUUAAUGUUACCUGUACUGACCUCUACAUGUGUUUGGUUAUGUGUAUUUAACUCUGAUAGGAUAGAUUGCACAGCACUACUGACUUUUUUAAAGAGAGAUGUAAAUACAAAUAUACAUUAUAUAUUAUAUAUUUAUAUGAAGAAGUUCUAUGGAUAACAAUGGCUUGAUGUGUAAAUAGAGAUUAAUACAGAACAGAAGAGAUUGACUUGGAUGUUAAGUAGUGUUUUGUUUGGUUUGACCUUUACAUUAUGUAUCCCCCCAUGGAGAAUGGAGAUCCAUGACAGCUGUAGUUCAAGCUGAAGGUCUUCACUGUAUAGCAGCAGUGUGCUCACAGUGAGGGCACAGAGAACUCAGCACUGAUAUGCAAAACAACGAAUUACGCUAUACUUCAGACCAUUUUCUGCAUGCCACGCAGCAUAAUGAAGAAUUUGAUGCUUUGGCCUGUAAAUCUGUGCGUACUGAAGCCCAUCCGGCCCUUUUCUUUCACAGAAUCGUGCUCUUUUUAGUCAUGCAAGCUGGGUGAUUUAUUUUAGUUCUGCAGCAAGUACUGUAUGCCGAGAUUUGUAACUGUGUAACACUUGCUCAAAUGUUUAAUUCAUCCAAACAUGACUCUUUAAUAGUUGAGAUCUCUCCCAAGAAACUGUUGUCCUCUGGUAGUUUGACAUUUCUACACAUGUAAUACAUUUUAUGGUCUUCGUAGUUGUGGAAAAACUAAUUUAAGACUAUUUUCUUCUCAAGAUUUACCAUGUGCAGAGUUGUAAAAGUACUACACAAAGGGAUGUAACAACUUCCAUUUUAACUUUAAUUUCACUUGUAAACUGUCACAGCCAUCUUGACAGAAAGCGCCCACUAAAAAUAAGAAUAUCCUAAACAAUAAAAAGCACCUAAUACAAGGAAAGACUAAAUAUGGCCUGCAUGUAAGAGCAAAAAGACACAACCUCCUGUCUGAACAAUGAAUAAUUCAACAUGUUGUCAAAUGCAAACACACAAAAGGUGUUACAGUGGCUGGUUUUCAAAUGUAUAAAUGACAACUGCAAUAGUGAGAUACUAUUUAAGACGUCCAACAAAAUACAUUAUAUUUAAGGAUUUUUCUGAGUCUGAUACACAUGUUAUCAGCUUGUCUCUGUAUCCAGUGAAGACAAGAGAGUGAUCAGAGUACAGCUGAGCCCAGGUCCAAACAUGAAUUAAAUGUAAUUCAUGUUAAUUAAGCCUAUCAAGUCCUCUGGGUUCUCUGUUUAGUCUCAAACCCCCCAAACUACACACAGCAGCAGGUAUACUGAUUAAUCCAUUCAAAAUGAAGCAAAUGAACCAGCUCAAGGACACUCUGCAUUUCUGUCAGUUUGUAAACUGACUUCAUCAUCAUUUUGUCCCAUGUAGUCUUUUGAAAAUUCCCUCAUAAAUGUAUCUACUGUCAUAACCUGAGACAGUUUAUUCAAUAAGGAAUGUGAGACGACUUAAAAAAAAUACCAUUAAAAGCCAACGUGUGUGAGUUAUCUGGGCAGCGAGCCCAAAUACCAUGUUAGCUAGCAGGAUGCUUUCACAACCUAAUUUGUCAAACAAGUGUGCUAUUAUUUGAUUACUAUUUAAACGUGGAGCCCACCCCUCUAUCUUUUCAGCUCUUUCUAGGCGGCCUCGAUUAACAAAACAUCAACACACACUCGUGCACAUACAGGUAACUGGAUAUACUGUAUAAAAGAGUGGCCAAAUGACAGCAAUUUUGGAGUUCUGAAAAAUGUAAAAAAAGAAAAGAAAAAAAGAGUUGAAAACAUGAAUGCUCUCUUGGGUAAAAGUUUGAAUGUAAUCACUCGGAAAGUGAAGAUGAACUGUAAGCCACUAACUGCUACUGUAUCUGUGGAUCACAGGUUUAAAUGAGAUACUGUAUAUUUGCAGUAAAUGACGUGGGACUCUUGUAAUUGCAUAUUUGUAUAUGAUACCGAGCAAUGUUUUUCACAUCAGCAGAGAUGGGACUUUCCGUUUUUCCUGUUGCACUGUGUUGACUUAAUGGUUCUCAGCAUGUGUGUUUUGGCACACUGGUGUGCCAUGGAGGGAGCUGUGCGUCAUCGUAAAAAAAAAAAUCAUCAAAUAUACUUUAUCAAGGUUUAACAGCUCUUUGUGUGUAGAAAUUCUAAUGUUGUAGCAUUAUGCAGGAACACCAGGAUGCAACAAACAACCAGUUAGCUACAGUGGUUGGUUUCUCUCUCCGCAAAACUAUUGUGCUAAUUUAUUCAACCUAACCAGUGACUCUCCUACUGUAAUCCAUGGUGUCCUGCUACUCUGUUGUGUCAUUAAUCUGCAGAUUAAUAUCCUAAAUAAUAAAUGUUUUCAAAUA